AUGACAAUUGCUAUUGGCAAACAGCUUAAUUCCAGCACGGGCGCAUUCGAUAUAUUGCAGUCGAGUGACGAGCCUUCGGCCUUGGAUAUGGGGAUGGCUCCCGGAGGGUUUUCAACAACAAUAAUGGAAUCAUAUCCUACAACUACUCUUCGAGCUGUCACUCUUCCUCUCCACAAAGGAGGUCAUUCGGUGCAUUUCAGCCAUAAAAAUGUGAAGCUUGAUCUAUGUGACAUCAACACUCUAGCUGGCGAUAUGGAUUUAACCUCUAUACCGGAAAGCCACCCAGCAGCAAGCACAUUCACUCUCACAAAGGUGUUGGGACAUGAAAUGUUUGACGUGGUAAUCUGUGGUUGUCAGGUGACACGGAACCAAGAGCUCGAGGAAUGGCGCGAACAUCGAGAAGCCCGGCGUCUACAACUUGCACAACUUGUGAUCGCUUUGGAACACAUUAAGAGCGGCGGAACAUUGGUCGCCGUUAUGCAUAAACCUGAAGAGAUCCAUACCACUGAGCUGCUACACAAAUUCUCGAAGUUCUCUGAACUUUCUUUGUUUAAACCGAAAAGGGCGCAUGCAAAGCGUUCGUCAUUUUACAUGGUGGCGAAAAAGAUUGACACUGGCAGCAAUCAAGCCAUGCAAGCAAAGGAAAUCUGGAAAAGGGAAUGGAUCGAUAGCACGCUUGGUACUGCUGAUGAUUGUGCAAAUUUAUCGAAGCGCACAGCUGAUGAUGCCCGUAUAAAGAAAUGGCUGAAGGAGAUGUAG